UUGGCAGCACCAUGAAGUCAAGGGGCCUCUUUCUCCUCCUGGGGCUCUUCACCCUCUGGACAGCGCUACAGGGUGCACCAACACAAAGGAUCCCUGGCACAGCUUCUCCUCUCCAUGGCGAUGACCCAGGGGGAAACAUAUCAGAAGAAGAUGAGCUGAAGGAAAAACUUGUGUUGGGGGCAACAAAACCGGUGCCUGGAGCAGAACCUGAGUCUAAUGGAAAACCGGUGUCUAGUGCAGAACCUCUAUCCAGCGAAAACCCCGUGUCUGUUGUAAAACCUAGAUCCAGUGGAGAACCUGAAUCUGAUGAAAGACCUGUGUAUGGUGGGAGAGGAGAUGAUGAUUCUGACCUGCAGGAUGGUGACUCUGACGGGGAUGAUGACUUUGAUGGGGGAGAUGAUGAUUCUGACCUGCAGGAUGGUGGCUCUGACGGGGAUGGUAACUUUGACGGGGGAGAUGAUGAUGAUGAUAAUGUGAGGGACGGUGACUUUACCGAGGCUGAUGACGUUGAUGGAGGAGAUGAUGAUUCUAAUGUGAGGGAUACUCGCUCUGAUGGGGCUGAUGACUUUGACGCGGGAGAUGUCGAUUCUUACCUGCGGGAUGGUGGCUCUGAUGGGGGAGAUGAUGAUGCUAAUGUGAGAGACGGUGACUUUGCUGGGGUUGAGGACUUUGACGGGGGAGAUGAUGAUGAUUAUAAUGUGAGUGACAGUGACUCUGACAGGGCAGAUGAUGAUGAUGAUGAUGAUGAUGCUGUGAGGGACGGUGACUUUGACGGGGGAGAUGAUGAUGAUGAUGCUGUGAGGGACGGUGACUUUGACGGGGGAGAUGAUGAUGAUGAUGCUGUGAGGGACGGUGACUUUGACGGGGGAGAUGAUGAUGAUGAUGAUUCUAAUGUGAGGGAUACUCGCGCUUAUGUGGAUGAUGACUUUGACACAGGAGAUGUCGAUUCUUUCCUGCAGGAUGGUGGCUCUGAAGGGGGUGACGACUUUGGUGAGGCUGAUGAUGGGUCUGAGGGUUCAGAGUAUUAAGGGGAGUGUCCUCAGACCUCAUUGACCCGGACAUGGAAACCUUCUGAUAUCAGAUCAGCCGGCAAAUACAUUCCUGGCAACAAGAGCCUCUCUUUCCUGUUUGACUUUUUCCAGCUUUCCCUUUUCUUUUACUACUGAUUGCCUGGGAACAUGCUGCCUCCUCGAAUGACAAGGUUACUGCUCAGGGAUCACUCUCUCUGGGUGAAGGAAAUCAAUGUUCAGGGAUCUUCGCUCCCUGGCUUGAGUAGGGUGCAAGGGGACGUUGGGGUUCUCUUUCUAGGCUCUUACUCUAAGCUCGUCACCCUAGUGUCUGAGCACUUUGAUUCAGCUUUCAGGUCAUUUUUUCUUGAGAUAUAUUUUCUUUCUUAUUAAAUCUUUCCUGAUGGGUUAGCCAGCCCCUGGCACUGAUGUUCUCCACUCCUAGCAGUGUUCCAGAUUCAGGCCAGUUCUUCUCAGAUACCUGUCCCAUCGCAUGGUGCACCCAGAGCCAUUCCCUCUGGACACCUUCAGUCUGGGCCUGGGGCCAGUGUCUUCCUCUGGCAGCCGGAAUU